GCCACCCAACCCCCACCUUAGUGUCAGCUGAUCUGUGCUUUCUACGUUAAUCCGUUAGCUACGUCGGGGCUACUCUCUGCUAGUAGUGGAUUGGAUCUUCCAGUAGCAUGCAAAAUAUGUUGACUCUCAUAUCAAACGUUUUCCGACUGGGCAACGCCAGCAAGAAUGUGGGAGCCCAAGCAGUGUCGGAGCUGCUGAUUGGCCUGUCCAAAUACGUCGAUUUAACCGCACCGCCUGCCCCAGCAACUCCUCGGCAACCACCACUACCACCAGGGACCAGGAUGGUGGUGUCCGCGCGGUCCUUUGCCGACUUCACCCCCCAAGCCAGCUUUCCCAUCAAGAAGUGUGACCUGCACCGUUUAGAGGAGGGUCCCUCUGACGAGGCAUUGCUGACCAGAGAACAGGGCCUCCAGUACUACCGGACCAUGCAGACGGUGAGGCGCAUGGAGCUGAAGGCUGACCAGCUCUACAAGCAGAAAAUCAUCAGAGGCUUCUGUCACCUCUACGACGGACAGGAGGCGUGUGCGAUGGGCAUCGAGGCCGGCAUUAACCCAACAGACCACCUGAUCACAGCAUACCGCGCCCACGGCUACACCUUCACUCGAGGUGUGGCUGUUAGAGAGAUCCUGGCUGAACUCACAGGUCGUAGAGGGGGCGUGGCCAAGGGGAAAGGUGGUUCGAUGCACAUGUACGCCAAAAACUUCUACGGAGGAAACGGAAUCGUCGGGGCUCAGGUUCCACUGGGGGCAGGUGUGGCUCUAGCCUGUCAGUACCAAGGCAACAACCAGGUGUGUGUGACACUGUAUGGAGACGGAGCAGCCAAUCAGGGCCAGAUCUUUGAGUCUUUCAACAUGGCGGCUCUGUGGAAGCUUCCGUGUAUUUUCAUCUGUGAGAACAACAAGUUUGGUAUGGGGACGUCGGUGGAGAGGUCCUCUGCUAGCACGGACUACUACAAACGAGGAGACUAUAUACCUGGAUUAAAGGUGGAUGGCAUGGACGUGCUGUGUGUGAGGGAGGCCAUCAGGUUCGCCGCAGACUACUGCAGAGCCGGGAAGGGUCCUAUUGUCAUGGAGCUGGAGACAUACCGUUACCAUGGACACAGCAUGAGCGACCCUGGGGUUAGCUAUCGUACCCGUGAGGAGAUCCAGGAGGUGCGGACCAAGAAUGACCCCAUAAGCAUGCUGAAGGAACGCAUGCUGUCUAACAACAUGUCUUCUGUGGAGGAGCUCAAGGAAAUCGAUCUGGAGAUCAGGAAGGUAAUUGAGGACGCGGCCCAGUAUGCCAUCUCUGACCCGGAACCGUCGCUGGACGAGCUCUGCAACCACAUCUAUGCCAGGGAUCCACCCAUGGAGGUCCGCGGGACCAACCCCUGGGUCAAACUGAAGUCUGUCAGCUAGUCACACAAACUCACCAACACCUGGACCGAACUCCAGUCCUUCACCUUCACGUCCUGCUGGUUGAUAGUCUCCCCCUCUUCUUCACAUGCCCCCGUCUCUCAUACCCCUGUUAGUUUUCUCUAAGCGCACAACACAAGACGAGAGCGUGACCUCGUAGGUCAGAGUUCAUUCUGUAGCAGCAUUCCAAGCUUGUCCGUGACCUCUGACACUGUGAUGUUAUGUCACAGUGUGGACAGCAUAGACCACACAGUGUUGUUUUAAAUGUUCCUGUGGUUCUUCUGAUACAUAGGGGCCUGUCUACGGGCGGGCUUUGUUCCAGCCAAGCACUAACUCAUCUGAUGCAACUCGCCGACUUCUCGUCAGCACCUUGACUAGCUGGAGGUCUGUUAAUACGGACAUUUAACAGAAAUAGCUGCCUCACCCUAGAGGGUCCCUCACAAGGGUCAGACCCAACAACUUAUGUAACUGGUUUCUAUAACAAGGUUUUUUUCUUUUGUACACCUUCCUAUGACCCAGCUGCCAAUGCAGCACUGUAUCUCUUGACUUUGACUAAAUAAACUAAGGAGGUGUGAUUGCAAUGACAAUAAUUAAACUGG